CUGCAUGCUAUACUAUUGUUAGUAAUCUCAUCUGAACAAUUUAGAGAAGUAACCACAUUAAUCUGAGAGAUAUAACAGUAAAGCUGAUCAACACCAUGAAAGGAGUUCAGAAGCCUCCUCCUCUUCUUGUCCUUCAUAUUCUCUUAAUCUCUUUGCAUCUAUUGAAGGCCUCCUCAUCACCAGGAGCAGAGGCUGAAGCUCUCAUAAGCUGGAAGAACAGCUUUGAUUAUGCACCACCUUCUCUCAAUUCGUGGUCCUUCACAAACAUAAACAACCUCUGCUACUGGACUGCCAUUGUGUGCGAUCCCAACACCAAAACAGUCUCUGAAAUUGAUCUCUCAAAUUUCAGCAUCACUGCAACACUAACUGAGUUCAAUUUCAACAAGUUUCUCGAUCUCAUUCUUUUCAACCUCAACGGUAACAGUUUCACAGGGUCUAUACCAUCUUCCAUUGGCAACCUUGGCAAGCUAGAAGUCUUGGAUUUGGGCAACAAUCUGUUUGGACAGGAAGUGCCUGCGGAAAUAGGCAAGUUAACGGAGCUUCAGUUUCUAAGUCUCUCCAACAACAAUCUCAAUGGUAGCAUUCCUUACCAGCUGGACAAUCUCAAAAAGGUACAAUAUUUGCUUCUUGGAAGUAACCACUUAGAGCCUGCUGAUUGGUCUAAAUUCUCAGGCUUUCCUGUUUUGACAUACCUUGAUCUUUGUUUGAACAGUUUAGAUUCAGAAUUCCCAGAAUUUAUAUCUGAAUGUAGGAAUUUGACAUUCCUGGAUUUGUCUCAAAAUGCUUUGACUGGUCAAAUACCAGAAUUGGUAUUUACCAAUCUGGUCAAGCUUGAAUAUCUCAAUCUCACCAAUAACCAAUUCCAAGGGCCAAUGCCAUAUAACUUUCCCAACCUCAAACAUCUUUAUUUGGGAGUGAACGACUUUAGUGGUCCAAUUCCUGAAGAUAUAAGUUUGUUAUCUGGUCUGGAAAUUUUUGAAGUGCUUAGCAAUUCCCUUGAAGGCAAAAUCCCAUCCUCUGUAGGCCAACUCAAGCAGCUUCAGCACCUUGACCUUAGAGACAAUUCCUUGAACUCUUCAAUCCCUUCUGAGCUUGGUUCUUGUACGAACCUCACUUUCUUGGCAUUGGCUUUGAAUAAACUCAAUGGGGAACUGCCUCUGUCCUUGUCCAAUCUCAACAGCUUGAUGGAGUUGGAGUUAUCUGAUAAUCUGUUUACUGGGCCAAUCUUGCCUUCUCUGGUCUCCAAUUGGACUAAAAUGAUCUCUUUGCAGCUCCAAAACAAUAGCUUCAGUGGGAAUAUUCCACCAGAAUUAGGCCUGUUAACGAAACUUGAUCUCCUCUGGCUGCAUAACAACAAUUUCUCUGGAUCAAUUCCCUCAGAGAUAGGAAACUUGCAAGUUCUGACAAAUUUGAGUCUCUCUAGAAACCAGCUCUCUGGGCCGAUUCCUAUGAAAUUCUGGAACCUCACAAAUCUUCAAUACGUGGACUUCUUCAACAACAAUCUCUGCGGCACAAUCCCCCCAGAGAUUGGAAACAUGAGUUCCAUAGUUUCCUUUGAUGUCUGCACAAACCAACUUGAAGGGGAGUUGCCAAAAACUAUUUCUUACCUCAGAAAACUAGAGCAGUUUUUCGUUUUCAGUAAUAGGUUUUCCGGGACCAUUCCCCGUGAUUUCGGGAAGUAUAGUCCUAACUUGAGAGCUGUUAGCUUAUGGCAGAACAGCUUCUCUGGAGAAUUGCCGCCUGAGUUGUGUAGUGGAUUUGCUUUGCAAAGAUUGAGAGUGCACAUGAACAACUUCACAGGGCCAUUGCCUGAGUGCUUGAGAAAUUGUUCAGCAUUAACAAUUGUCCGGCUGGAAGUAAACCAAUUCACCGGAAACAUUACCAAUGCAUUUGGUGUUCAUCCCCGUCUUGCAUCAAUUCAUCUUAGUCAAAACAAGUUCGUUGGUCAACUCUCGCCACAAUGGGGAGAAUGCAAAAACAUCGCGGAUAUGCAAAUGGACGGAAAUAGAAUUUCUGGUCAAAUCCCACCUGAGUUUGGUCAGUUGACACAAUUGCAGUAUUUAAACCUAGGCUCUAAUGAACUCAGUGGGGAAUUUCCAGUUUCCAUUGGGAAUCUAAGCUUGUUGUUCACUCUUAAUCUCAGCAGGAACAACUUGACGGGAACUAUCCCUUAUGUUCUAGGCGAAUUGACUAAGCUCGAGCUUCUUGAUUUGUCUGAUAAUAAUUUUACAGGGGUAUUACCAGUCGACCCUGGAACGUUUGAGAGGUUAACAAGCUUGAACAUAAGCCACAACAAAUUAUCAGGUGGAAUACCAGAGGAGAUUGGUAAUCUACACCUGCAAUACUUGUUGGACCUAAGCAGCAAUACAUUCUCCGGAUCACUACCAUUAAACCUUGCCAAGCUUAUAAUGCUGGAGAUUCUUAAUGUCUCGCAUAACCAACUCUCCGGGAAUAUCCCAUCAACAUUUUCCAGAAUGGUUAGUCUUGUCGGCAUUGAUUUUUCUUACAACAACUUGACAGGUCCAAUUCCAACUGGUGGCAUUUUCCAAAAGAAGCUUCCUAAUAAUGCUUUCAUUGGAAAUAGUGGUUUGUGUGGUGAAACAGAGGGACUAACUCCAUGCACUUCGGGUCUCAGAAACUCCAACAAGAACAUUCUUGUUGGCGUCCUUGUUCCCAUUUGUGGUUUAUUGCUGCUGGUGACCAUAUCUGCUGUAAUCCUUAAGUUCUGCAAGAAAUCAAAGCCUGGAGAAAUCGAUCAUCCUAAGAUGUCUAAAAGUUUUGAUUCAAGUAUUUGGGGAAGACAUGGUAAACUUACAUUUUCUAAAAUCAUCACUGCCACCGAGAACUUUGAUGAAAAGUACCUCAUUGGAAGAGGAGGUUUUGGAAGUGUCUACAAGGCUGUGUUGGACAGAGGCAGAGUCGUUGCAGUUAAGAAAUUGAAUAUGUCAGUAGAUUCUAGUGACGACAUUCCAGAAUUGAAUCGCAAGAGUUUUGAGAAUGAGAUAAGAACCUUGACAGAAGUGAGGCACAGAAAUGUAAUAAAACUUUAUGGUUUCUGUUCCUGGAAGGGGUGCUUGUACUUGGUGUAUGAAUAUGCAGAGAGAGGCAGUUUGAAAAUGGUAUUGUAUGGAGUGGAGGGCGAAUCAGAUGUACUUGGCUGGGGCACAAGGGUGAAAAUUGUGCAAGGAAUAGCUCAUGCUAUUUCUCACUUGCAUAAUGACUGCUCUCACCAAAUCGUUCACCGUGACAUAACUUUGAGCAACAUAUUACUAGAUCGGGAUUUUGUGCCACGCCUAUCAGACUUUGGAAUAGCUAGACUAUUGAGCUCAGAUUCCUCAAACUGGACUGCUGUAGCGGGGUCUUAUGGCUACAUGGCUCCAGAGCUCGCAUUCACAAUGCAAGUGACAUAUAAGUGUGAUGUAUACAGCUUUGGAGUGGUGGCAUUAGAAAUCAUGAUGGGAAGGCAUCCAGGGGAGCUACUGACUUCUCUAUCGGAAAAUGGAGAUAUGCUUUUGAAGGAUUUGCUAGACCAACGACUUCCGUCUCCUUCAGGUCAAUUAGCAGGGCGAGUGGUUUCCAUGGUGACAUUGGCCUUGGCCUGCGCUAGCACUAAUCCGGAUUCACGACCCACUACGCAUUAUGUGGCAAAAGAACUAUCGUUGACCAGGACCUGGAUUUGCCUCUCUGAGCCGUUAGCCACGAUAACCAUCAAUAAGUUGGCAAGUUUUCAUAACUAG